UUUGUCUUGUCAGUUUGUGUCAGUUGUUCGACGUUUGUGUUGUUGAAACAGCGUGAUUUAGUUUAUUAGUUUGUUUUUUAUUUUCCGAUUUUUCGAGGGUACAUUUUUUUAACGAUAAUCGUGUAGGUGUUUAAGUUUUAGUGUUCCUUUUAUUAAUGUCAGCUGGAUUUUAGCAGUUUAUUAUGUCUUAGGACCUGGCAAUCACUCCCAAGGAGUUUCAACCCCGAUACAUCCACCUGAUAAUCACAGUACAAAACCAUUUAACAAGCUCUUCAUGAACCAUUCAAAAUGCUAGCCUUAUCCGUAGUCAUCUUAUUCUCCUCAUUAUCCCUGACUUUGGGAUUGUUGGAAGGACCGAAUGUGUGUACAACACAGGAAACAUAUACAGUGACAGUGCGAGUAUCGGAAGAACAACCAUAUCAAGUUAGGGAGUACGUGUGGUGCCUGAAUUUCCCUCCAAGAUGCUCAAAAUAUAAGAUUAAGUUUAAGACAGUGUACAAAAUUCAAAAUCUGGUCAAAACUAGACCGGUCGAAGACUGCUGUAAGGGAUAUACGAGAAGUAAUACCGGCGAUAAAUGUAUACCGGUCUGUUCAAAAGACUGCCUUCAUGGAACUUGCACAGCUCCAGAUACUUGCCAAUGCGAAACAGGAUAUGGAGGACCAUAUUGUGAUAUUUCUUGUCCUAAAGGCUUGUGGGGUAGAGAAUGCCAGCACAAGUGCGAAUGCCAAAACAACUCAACUUGUGAUCCUUUCAAUGGAGACUGUCACUGCUCCCGUGGUUGGGUAGGUAAAUUCUGUGAAAGCAAAUGUGACAAGAAACAUUUUGGACAUGAGUGCCUUGAACAAUGCCGAUGCGAGAAUGGUGACUGCGACCACAUAUCAGGGGAGUGUCGGUGCCACGCUGGAUACAUGGGACCACUAUGUGAUGACUUAUGCCCUAUUGGCAAACACGGGUCUGAAUGCAAAUCGGACUGCAGGUGCCAAAACGGCGGGACAUGUGACCCAGAAACAGGAUUCUGUUUCUGUACGAAUGGUUGGACAGGGUCUGUAUGUGCCAACAGAUGUCCUUUCGGAUUCUGGGGUGAAAACUGUGGGGAACAGUGUGAUUGUUACAAUGGCGCUUCCUGUCACCACAUUAACGGUACCUGCGAGUGUCAACCCGGUUUUACAGGAGAUAGGUGUCUAGAUGUUUGUCCGGAAGGUACCUUCGGAAUCAACUGUGGUGAAAAGUGUUCUUGCCAGAAUGGUGCGAAAUGUUCCAAUAGAGACGGCACUUGCACGUGUUCUAAGGGAUGGACUGGAAAACGCUGUGAUCAGAGGAUUUGCCCUGAUGGGUACUUUGGCCCAGGUUGCCAGAAGAUGUGCCAAUGUAACAAGGAGAAUACAGAAAUGUGCCAUCCAUGGACGGGCGAUUGCGACUGCAAAGCAGGAUGGAAUUCUCAGGACUGCACCAGACUAUGCCCUAUCUUGACUUACGGAAAAGGUUGCCAUGAACAGUGUAAAUGCGAGAACAACGCUCAAUGUUCUCCUGUAAAUGGUACUUGCAUCUGCCCACCAGGUUUUACCGGUAAACACUGCGAGAAGAUGUGUCCUGAAGGUAGCUUUGGAGAAGAUUGUGCUCAAAAAUGUGACUGUAAAAACGGUGCAAAUUGCUCUUCCGAAACAGGUCAGUGCCAGUGCCCAGACGGUUGGGAGGGUCAGCAAUGUGAUAGACCAUGCAGCGACAAUUCUUUCGGUGUUCAUUGUAGCAAAAAAUGCUUAUGCAAAAAUGGUGCUUCUUGUAAUCCUGUUAACGGUACUUGUACUUGUGGUGCUGGAUUUACUGGAGAAUUUUGCGAAAGCAAAUGCGACCAAGGCUACUUUGGAAUCAAUUGCGAGCAAGUGUGUGAUUGUCUAGAUGGACACAAUCUUGGAUGCGAUCCUGUCACUGGAAAGUGCAUUUGCAAACCGCAGUGGAAAGGUGUCAUGUGUGAAUCUAUGUGCCCAGAAGGCAAGUUCGGGGAGACAUGCGAACAAACCUGUGAUUGCAAAAAUAACAGUUCCUGUCAUCCAGAGACCGGAAAAUGCUACUGUGCUAGAGGUUGGCAAGGAGAAGAGUGUACUACUCCUUGUGAAAGUGGUUAUUAUGGAAUAGAAUGUAGACAAAAGUGCCCAGCAGUUUCUCAAGGGAACAAAACUUGUGAUCAUAUAACCGGAGAAUAUGUUUGCCCUCCUGGAUACCUAGGCCUUACAUGUGAACACCCAUGCCCCAUAGGAAAGUACGGAAAGAAUUGCUUACAGACCUGUUCUUGCAAAAACGGUGGUGACUGUCAUCAUGUUACAGGAUACUGCCAGUGCCUUCCCGGAUGGGUUGGAAGAAACUGCACGACUCCUUGUCCUUCAGGAAGCUUCGGAAUGAACUGCAGUCAGCAUUGUAAGUGUUUGAAUGGAGGCAUAUGUAGAAGAAAUGAUGGAGUGUGUAGAUGCCAAGCUGGAUGGACUGGUACGCAGUGCACAGAGCUUUGUCCCGAGGGUUACUAUGGAGACCACUGCAUGACACCUUGUGAGUGUGAGAACGACAACUUUAUCUGUCAUCCAGUAGAGGGCUGUAUCUGCAAACACGGAUUCAUAGGAGAUCACUGUGAAGAAUCCAACAUUUUAGGGCGAGUGCGCCACGUAGAGCAAUCUACGGAAGGAGGAUACGGUGUUGUUGUUGCCGUAAUAAUGGUUUCCAUUAUAUUCAUAGCGGUAGUAGUAUUACUGGUCUUCUACUAUAGACGACGAGUGUCUAAUUUGAAGACAGAGAUUGCUCACGUUCAGUAUAUUGCUGAUCCUACAUUUGCUCCAGAUCGAAAUCAUUUUGAUAAUCCAGUAUAUUCUUAUCAAGGUAGUGGCAAGAGAGACAAUGACAAGUUGCUCAACAAUUCGACCAAAAUUCAUAACAAUCUUCAUAAACCAUCGAAUACUAAUUUAGAAAGAGCGCGCCUGGGAGGUUGUUGUUCAACAGACGAUGAUGAUUUGUCAAAAGGUAUGUACGAACCGACCAUAGACGAAUUAAGAACUCUGAAAAAUAGAGAAGCAGAUGCGACGAAUCCGAACAUUUAUCAGAGUAUUGAAAAAUUAGAUCACGUUUAUGACGAAAUUAAACAAAAAGAUGUAAAUAUCGAAAUGGAAUACGACCAUCUCGACUAUACGAGGCCUGCGAGCAGUUUAAAACCACAUUACCAAAGGAUGGCUAGUCCUUUCGGUUCCAGGGAUUUAACAAAAGACGAUAAGAUCGGACCUGCCGAGUAGAUAAUCAUCCAUUAGUAGCUUCUUUAUCCACCUAUUUAUUACUCAAUAUUUUUUACGCAAAUUCGAUAAUAUAGCUAGUAAAAUAAUACUUCCUAUUAAAAACACUUCAAUGGAAAAUAUAAAAUAUUAGGAAUGUCUAGUUUAGCUACUUUAAACUGUAUUUGAUUUCUCCACCUAAAUAAAUACCAUGAUACGAGAGGAUACGUUUGGAAAUUUUAUAUACUGAUAUAGUUUUUCCAUUAUAUUUUUGCACAAACGUCAUGAUUCAUUUGCAAACAAGUUAAAUCCAAACAUUAAGUGAAAGGCUGUAAUUAGUAAAUGUCUGUUACCGGUGGAUGUAUUUUAUAAAGUUAUAUUGUACUGUACGUUUAUAUUUAACUUUGUUAUAAUAUACCUAUUUAACACAAUGUCAUAUAACGUAUAAUUAUAACGUCAAAGACAUGACGUAUUGUUUAUCCUUGUUUAAAUUAUUGAGGUUUCUAUGAACAAGCUGUUUAAUUUUGCGAUACUGGUUUCUGUGAGUAAUAAAGAGACCUAAUUUAAAAAGUAAUUCGUGAAUAAUUGCAUGCAUGUGCAAAGAUAUAAUGGAAGAACUAUAUGUUAUCGUUCACCUUUAAUUGCUAUUGAUCAUUGGCAUUAUCAUCUAUUGGUUCCAUGACAUGUUUGAUUAAUGCUUGUCAUACUUUGAUGUGCAUAUUUCGAUAUGAAUCACAUUACUGAUUACGUUAUUUUUUAUAUUUCUACCAUUUCUUGUGCCUACGGUAUACAGAGAAGGUAAACUUAUCACAAAACAUCAGGAAGGUUGCAAAUACGCAUGCUCGAAACAAAAAUGAAUCUUGAAAACAUUGACUAUUUUAAUUUCACGCUGAAUUGUAUACAAUAUCUUGCAUUAAAAUAAAAUCUAGACAAAUAGAACCACAGAUAAAUCUAUUUUACAUUAUUUUAACAAUGAUUGCUUUUCCAUUGAAGUGUUUUAAGGAUAUCUAGAUGUUUUAGUUCUGAAUUUUCAUUUUUUUUAUUAAGUGACAUAAGCGGGCGUGGGGAUGAUAGAAUAUUAACUAUGAUGUUAAGACUUUUAUUACCUUCCCGGUAUUAUCUAAUGUAACUGUAUAUUCGAUUCAAAGUUCCAGAGUGACAGCGUUUUGUACAAGAUGUUGUACGUAAAAUAAAAUCAAAAAUAGUAGAUCAUACGUUUUAGUUCAGGCAUGGUUAAAUAGUAGACAAUAGAUGGAUAAAUCACAUCAUAGAAUGGAGUCCUACAUAAAGAAGAACGCCAAAUAAAAAAGUUAAAACUAUACUGUGGCGGAAUUCGAAGAACUGAACAUAAUCAAAAAUUAAAUUGAAGAACAAGGACCCAUUGGAUCCUAUGCUCUCGAAUUAUCGGAGCAAUUCGGCGGAAUUCGAAGAACUGAACAUAAUCAAAAAUUAAAUUGAAGAACAAGGACCCAUUGGAUCCUAUGCUCUCGAAUUAUGCUAUGAAUUCGAAGAACUGAACAUAAUCAAGAAUUAAAUUGAAGAGCAUAGGACCCAUUGGCUCCUAUGAUCUUCAAUUUAAUCAUAGAUGAAAUCAUCAAAAGCGCCGACAAAGGCAGAGGAUAGAGAAAGGGAAACAAAGAAGUAAAAAUACUGUUACGCAGACGACAGAAUAUUGGUAGACAAAGAUGAAGACAGUCUGCAAAAAUUAGUCCACAGAUUUAACUAAGUCUAAAGUGAUUUACUAAGCGUGAAAGUCUAAAUAAUUAUUGUAGUCUAUUACCCGGUAAAAUUUGUUAAAACUGUCCCUAUCUGACUGAAAUACUAUCAAUAAAUGAUUUGUCCAGACACGAUAAAGUAAAGUACAGCUAAGAGACGGAAAGGCAGAGCCGAAAAAUUUCUCUGAAUUUACUAAAGCUAGAUAUUUCACAGUUGAUUACUGUGAUCUGUGAUUGUGUAGAGAAACAUACUGCGGUCGGUCAAGCGAAACGUAGAACAGGUGGUACUGACAGCUUGUCAAAGUUGCUUACCUGCAGAGGUAAUUAAAUCAAUUUACUUAGGAUGAAAAUCAGUACACACAUUCUAAAUUGAAUAUAAAUAAAAGUUAUUAUAGUCGGUCAGCUGUAUGACGGAACGGAGCCGGUCGGCCGGCCCCAAUGAAUGUACAGUGUUAUUCACUAUAUUUUGACCCCCUUGUAAACUGCUUUAUUUACAGAAUUAGAAAAAAAUGUAAAAUAUAAGAGUUAUUCGAUUUUUUAAUUAUGAUUUUUUGACAUAUAUAUUGUACUACUGACGUCAUCCAUCUGGGCGUGAUGAUGUAAUCGACUAUUUUUUUUAAAUGAGAAUAGGGGUCGUGUGCUAGCUCAUUAGAAAGGUUAUUCAAUUUUCUAUGCAGUAAUAUAAACCGUAAGAUCAUUAUUUAUACAGGGUGUCCAAAAAAAACUUUUGAAUUAUUAAAUAAACAAUUAAUUUAAAUAAAAAUUUUUUUUUAGACACCCGGUAUAAACAAUGAGGUUAAUGUUUAUAUUACUGAAUAGGGAAUUGAAUAACCUUUCAAAUGAGCUAGCACACGACCCCUAUUCUCAUUUAAAAAUAUAGUCGAUUACGUCAUCACGCCCAGAUGGAUGGCGUCACUAGUACGAUAUAUAUGUCAAAAAAUCAUAAUUUAAAAGUUAAAUAAGUUUUGUAUUUGACAUUUUUUCUAAUUCUGUAAAUAAAGCAGUUUAGAGGGGGUCAAAAUAUAGUGAAUAACCCUGUACAUUCAUUGGGGCCGACCGACCGGCUCUGUCCCGUCAUACAGCUGACCGACUAUAAUAACUUUUAUUUAUAUUCAAUUUAUGUGUGUACUGAUUUUCAGCCUUAGUAAAUGGAUUUAAUUACCUUCGCAGGUAAGCAAUUUUGACAAGCUGUCAGUACCACCUGUUCUAAGUUUCGCUUGACCGACCGCAGUAUGUUUCUCUACACAAUUACAGUAAUCAACUGUGAAAUAACUAGCUUCAGUAAAUUCAGAGAAUUUUUUCAGAACUGCCUCUUGGACUAUAACAUUUUGAGACUUAAAAUAUCUUAAAAUUAAUAUAAUACAGUGGAACCCCGAUAAGUCGGCCCCCGAUAACCCAGAAGUCCGGCUAACCCAGACCGAUUUUCAUCAGAAAAACAUUUCAACAAUAAAAAUGUAUGUAUUAUAAUAUUUGAGAGAUAAUGUGUAUUUGUGUAAUUUGAACUAUACGAUAGUAAAAAUAACUCAUGGUACACGGCGGCAGAGCGAUUCUCUGAUUAUCGGAAACAACAUGCACAUGUAGUAUUCCUUUAUUUAUUUCAAACUGUCUUAGCGUUGAUUAAAAAAGACUGAAAGACUAUUUAAAAAAUUAUUUUUUUAACAAUGGCCUUAGUUUUCACUGUUCUUAAAUAACAUAGCAUCGUUCCGAUUGUGACUGUAUUGUGUGUAGUACAGUCUUGUAUUGUUCGUCUCCGUUUGCUUAGGUUUGUCUUUGCGUGGUUUUAGUCAUUUAGAUGUGUAGGUACUGUGCAUAUAUAUUUCAUGUUAUUUCAAUUAUAACGGAGUUUACCUGUAAGUAUACCGUAUUUUAUUAAUUUUUACCAUAAUCCCCGGCUAACUCGGAUUUUCGAUAACCCGGAUCGGCCGCGGUCCCGAUUAAUCCGAGUUAUCGAGGUUCCACUGUAUAUCAAUUUUAUGAAUACUUGAAGCAUUUUUUACAAUUUUACAUCUUAUACAGGACGCUGUAUUACUUUUAGUAAUUUUAAGACUGGACAAUAUAGAAUAAGAAGUGUUUGUUGCGGACCCUGAUAUUCAGGGAACUUUUUUCGAUACCUUUCUUUAAAAUAAAAAAAAAAAAAAACAAAAAUUAUGAACUAUUUUUGAUAAAGGAUACUUUUCCAAUAAAUUUUUCGUGGUUGCGUAAUACAAAAAUAUAUUAAAAAACAUAAAUUUGGAAGUCAACCUGAUAAACUUAUUGAUGCAGAGUUAGUUGAAACAAAUAUUCGAAUAGUGAAUAAACUCCUAAGUGGAGCCUAGAGAUUUAGAGAAAACGCGCCAUUGAUUCUAAUUUGCACCUAAUUCCAAGCACCUAUCUCGUCCAUGAUGGAUCUUCUCCAAGUUUGUGCUGCGCGACCCCUCUUUCUUUUUACUUGCGAGUUUCACUCUAGGGCGGUCUUGACAAUACUGGAGUUAUUUUUCGGAGUGUGUGACCGAUCCAACCCCCCUUUCUGAAGUUUAUUUCAUUUUCUACCCUGUUUUGUUCAGUCACGUGUAGUAGAUCUUCGUUUCUGAUGAUGUUAGGCCAGAAAAUACGAACAAUUCUACGUAAAAAUUUGCUAACAAAGACCUGUAGUUUGUCUGUGAGGGAUUUUGUCACUUUCCAGGUUUCACAUUCGUAGAGUAAAACAAACAUGACAUUUGACUGGAAUAUUUGGAUCUUUGUCCUUAUAGUAUACACGCCAUACCUCCAAACAGGAUUGAGCAUGCUGAAUGCUUGCUGAUCUUUUCGUAUCCUCAUACGAAUAUUGUCUUCUGUACCUCCGUUUUCUGUUAUGACACUUCCAAGAUAUGCAAAGUUUUCCACAUUUUCAAUCUGCAUGUUGUCGAUACAUAGUAAAUAGCAUUUACAAAUUUCCUUGCAUUUAUUUUCAUGGACUUGGUUUUAGUAAUAUUGAUUUUCAAACCUAUUUUAUUGGCUUCAGUGGAAAGUGAUUCCAAUUGGUCAGCCACAUCUUUGAACCUUUGUCCUGAUAGGUCUGGAUCACGCGUUCCAAAAAAAAGUUAAUUAAUAGCAAGCUGAAAAUGUGUUAAUAGCUUAACGGUGUCUAGUCGGACAAACUUUGAUGUAUGGGAACACUGGAACAGGGGAAGUUUUAAUUGUGGAAUAGGUUAAAAAUUUGGAACGUCAGACUACGAAAACGUCCCAUGUAUUUUGUCGGGCAGAACUUCCAAUUGGUGUGUUGUCCUUUCAUUAAACUCUCAUGCAAAAAUCAGACUGUUAUUUAUCACCAACGUAAUUCCUGUUAUUUGACAUGUUCUACUGUCGUGACUUAUUAAAAUGCCCAGUUGGUGUGCUAAUAGUAGUCUGAUUUUUGCAUGAGAAUUUAAUGAAAGGGUAACAAAUCAGUUGGAAGUUCUCUCCGACAAAAUACAUGGGACGUUUUCGCAGUCUGACGAUCCAAAUUUUUAACUUGUUCCCAAUUAAAACUUCCCCUGUUUUAGUGUUCCCAUACAUCAAAGUUUAUCCGACUAGACACCGUUAAGCUAUUAACAAAUUUUCAGCUUGCUAUUAAUCAACUUUUUUUUCGUACGCGGGAUGCAGACCUAUAAUAGGCAGAUAUCGUCGGCGUAUUCUAGAUCGCUUAGGCAUGUGGUUAACGUCCAUUGUAUCCCUCUUGUGUCGGAGUCUAGUUUGGAGAGAACAUAGUUUUAAUGUUUUGAAGUUAUUUCCUUGUGAACUUUUACUUUUAUCAAGGCUUUACAAUAGGGUUAACCUCGAAAUUAUAAGGUCGGAACUAGUUUAUUGACGUAUCGACUUGUACGCUGUAAACUAUACAUCAUACAUAUAAUAGCAUGACACCAUUAAUUCAAUUUCUAAAUACAUAUAAUAGUAUAUUCUUCCAUAUAUGUGGUUUUGAAUAGGAUCGUAUCCAUCUUGGUGUCUAUGCAUUUUGGAUUUAUCAUAGUUACGCGUGACGUUGCGACCCUGACAGAAAUGGUGGUGACAUCUGGUGACUGUCUCAAUUAGAAUCAAAUAGAUUUAUUCAUUGCGUUGACCAACUAUUCUUUUUUAAACGAUGGACUAGGUGAAGAUCGGUGCACUUAAUGGUGACCUUAAUUGAACUCAUCGAGAAGUUUAUCAGGUUGAUUUUUGAAAAUACACAAUCAUUAGUCUAGAGAGGAUACAGUAUCAUUUUCAUAAGAAUAAAAAAAUCACAGACACAUUGGUUAUAGAGUGAUACAAAUGAAAUAGUUUUUGACAGCAUGUUAUAUAUUUCAAACCAUUUUGUGCUGGUUGUUUUUCUUCAUCUUUAUAUAUUUCCUGUAUUUUAUCUAAAGGAUGGAUGAGGAUUUAAAUUUCUAUUUUAUCCGUUAUUUUUUAUCUUUUUAUUUAAUUUCUUUUAUAAUUGUCUCAUUUUUCUUGAUAUGUCAUCUCGCUAUUUUAUUUUUAAACUCUUUUAUACGUUAAUGCAUAAAAGCUAUAUAGCUAAAACAUUAAAUCAAAUUGCUCAUAUUAAGGUGCCAAAUUUAAAAUCUUCUCAAACGAACAAACAUUUUUUGAAACCUUUUACAAUUUAGGUAUGAUCACUUUAAUAAACGAAUCUUUAUAGAUGAAAGUGUAAUGAAAAUUUAAGAGAAAUGACCAAUUGUGUUAAAAUUAUCUUUUUAAACUAUUUAUAUGUCGUCUGCGAUUAAUAUCAGUAUAAACAUAUCUGUAAGAUACUUAUCUUCCUUUGAAUGUAUUUUAAUCCAGUCUUUAAGUAGAUAUUUUUUAUAAUUUAUGAUAAUGCUCAAACUAGCAGCAAUAAUUUAUUUGUUACAAACAAUGUUCUUAAAAACAAUAAGUGUAUUAAAAGCAGCUAGAAACGUUUACAAAUAGCAUUCAAAACUAUUAUCUUUGUAUGUCUGUAUGGUGUUUUUUUUUCAUAUAUGAGCUUUAAUUGGUGUAAUUUUUCUCAGAGGCUUCUUUCAGUGCGUCACAGUUUUUCGAUAUCUUUCUAACACAUUAAGUUGGACGUGACAUAAAAAAAGGUACGUCCGUGAUUAUAAUCAUUUAUAAUAUUUAUUCUAGUUGUUGUUAAAUGGCGCUAUAAUAAAAAAACAUGAUUUACGUAUUAUCUAUACGUCUAAAAUCUGUAAUUUAUACGACUAUACAAAUCAAAGAACAUACCUUUUUAUAAAUUAAAUAAACACGAUUGAUUUGUUUUUAUACCAAAUUGCAAAUAAAAGGGUUAUACUGCAAUAACCUUUUCAUAUUUGGCUGAUUACUUUUCUGACAACUGUCAGAUUUAACUAAAAUGCCAUGCAAGGAUUCUCUACAUUCUUAAAAUUAUAAUAUAUGACGUCAAAAUUAAUGCCACACUGAAAGACUGAGAAAAACUUUAGAUUUUAUCGUAUAGGUAAAUCAUUUUUUUUUUAUUGUAGCGCCAUCUAUCAACAACUAGAAAAAAUGUUAUACAUGUGUAUAAUCACGGACGUACCUUUUCUUCGGUUACUUGUGACGCACUGAAAAAAACCUCUGAGAAGCACAAUAUACGAACUUUAAUUUGAUGCAAAUAAUAACGUCAAUUAUUUCGCGUGUUGAAUAUGGCAACAAUGGUUACAACAUAAAUUCGGCUUCGCCAUACUAUACAGAACUUUUGAGAUAACGUUGCUUUUGAAAUAACCAGGUUCAAGUUUAGAUCUUACUUUCCUUAUUGCUCUACCGUCCCAUGAUUUGUUAAAUGUGACUCUAACCUGCUUUCAUAAAUGAGUUAAUGUUUUAAUUUUUGUGUAUUCAUAAAAUAGAUGUCCAACGACAAUAGUUCUGUAUUUUAUACAGUUUGAUAAAACAAAAAUAUCUGCUGCUCAAAUUAACUGUUAAUUUUUAGUUACGACAGUCUUAUUGGAUUUCUUAUUAAAAUUCAAAAAUAAACUGCCGAGAUAAAAUAAAAAACAAUUUUUAUAGCAAUUUUCAUAUUUUAGAAACUAAUGUUUUUAAAUAUAAAUAGGAAAUAAAACACGAAUUUACCUCUAUAACUUUCUCACAAAAUAUUCCCUAUUAUAUCUGUUGUUGAUGCUCAUAUUUUGAUGAUUUUUAGAUAUUUAUUAUUUUGUUAACUUAAAAUGUAUUUAAUAAAAAUAAUAAUUCCGCUCGAAUAUUUUAUUUUCUAUUAUAAUUAAGGUGUAUCGUUUUUGAAGAGUUUUAUAUAUAUUUUAAUUGUUUUUAAAAAUAUAUGUUUGGUCUUCAAAUCCUUUAUUUUCGUUUUUCUUGUAACAUCUGUAAAGACAACCAACUGACAAUAUUUUUAUUAUUUUAGCUCUUUUUCAUGCUAUAUUUAGGAUGCAUUUCUCAGUAAUGUUCUGUAUACUAUAGCAGCUCCAUUUCUUUUUAAACUUUUGUGUUAUAUCCACUUACGAAAUUCUUUCGUUGUAGUUCUAUAACUUUUACACUUUGACUUUCCCGUGAUACUGGUACCAAAACUAAGAAGUAUAUACAGGAUGUUUCAUUAAGAAUUGUCCUUACCGAAGUACAGAGUGUUUUAUUACGAAUAUUCUAAAAUGAUUUUAGCCCAUUGUUAAAGCACCUUUUAAUAUUAUUUGUUCAAACUUGACACAUAGUUUACACGUGUUAGAAUAGUUUAACUAGUCUUAAAAGAUAGUUUUCCGCUGUUACCAGAGGCGUGCUGUAGGGAUAUAUACUUCAUUUUCGCCCCUUUUCCCCUCACAAUCUACGCCACUGUUUUAAUAAUUAUUUCAGCAUGUUUUCGAUUCCUUGUUACUUUUUACAUACAUAUCCUUUUGUCUCAUUGCGAUAAAGUAGUUUUCAAAUUAUUUGCGUUUAAAGAUAAUGGAUUUAAUAAGAUUAUGUACUUUAAACUACAUUCAAUAAGAUUAUGUGUUUAAUACAAUAAUCUUAUUGAAUCCUUUACAUUUAAACGAAAAUAACUUGAAAACUACUUAGUCUAUCGCAUUGAGACAACAGGAUGAUAUUUACUUAAAAAGUAACGAGGAAUUAAAUAACAUGCUAAAAUUAUUAUUACGACAGUGGCGUAGAUUGAAGGGGAAAAGGGGGCGAAAAAAAAAGUAUAUAUCCCUAGAGCACGCCUCUGGCAACAGCGGAAAAUUAUCUUUUAACACUAGUUAAAGUAUCCUAACAUGUGUAUCAAGUUUGAACAAGAAAUUUUAAAAGGUGCUUUAACAGUGGUCUAAAAUCAUUUUAGAACAUUUGUAAUAAAACACUCUGUAUCUCGGUAAGGAAGAAUAUUUUAUUUAAGUGUUUUGGGUUAAAUCUUCGUAUUUUGUGCUAAGGUUUCUCCAGUUACGAUAUGGACAAUUCUUAAUUAAACACCCUGUAUAUCUUCCAUUAGACGUUUAGGUUCACUUUUUGGUAAUCACAAAAAAUAUCAGUCCCAGUUUUUUAACUUCUCUUUGGUCCUCUAAGUGUACAUGCCCAAAAUACAAAGCAAAACUAUCAAAGUUGUGAUAAUAAUUAAUAAUACAUUAAUUUAAAAAUCGUCAAAAUAUACUUCCAUUUUUGUAAAAUUAAAUUUUUAUCAUUAUAACUAUUCGUAUAGGUAUUAAGUAUAUUUGAUUGUCAACUUCCUUCUUUAAGAGUGUUGUGAUAAUUAUUGUUCUAUUAAAAGCAAUAUAUUCUUUAAGUGUAAUUGUCUUAAGCGUAUUUUCAACGAUUGUGGGUUUCUAUUAUAUACUUUAUUUUUAAUUUGUACAUACAAUUAUGAUAUUUUUAUUUUUUAUUGAAAUUCUGUGAUAAGUUUUAUUAUAUUUGAAUAAAUCUUAGUGUCAUUGUGUGA